AUGAAAUUUCACGAUUUGAAUUUAAAAUUUAAACCACCAUCAAACGCAAAUGUAAUAUCAAGGUAAUAAUUCCAAGACAAAAUUUUCAACUUUCAAAUUCUGGAACAUUACCACUGUCGCAGAAUCCAGAAAAAUAACAGUCCUGGACCUUUUCACGAUCGCACGCCUUGGAAUAUAUUAAAUUAAUUCCAUCCAAAAGCAUUUGAUUCUAAAAGAAUCAGAAAUGUAAAGCUCUGCCAAACACGACAAAACGGAAUUAAUAUCAAGAGUACCUUUAUUAAUAGAAAUUAAACGAGCAAGAGUAGGAGGGUGGGAGGGUCCAAGCUAACGAUCAAUUUUACCCUCAAAACGAAACUCAAUUUUCGAAGCCGGAAACUGGUCUAAAUUCGCCCCUAUCCUCGUCCACGCUGUAAUCGUGAUCGCGAACGAAACAGUUAUAGGUGCUGGCUGGAGAGGAUCCGGAAGGAGAGGCCAUCGUUCCUCACGAUCGUCUCCCUGGAGCUGCCAGACUCGCCGAUUCCUCUGAUCGAAUGGCAGGCGAGCGCACGCUCGUCCAGGAUCGUUGAGAGCAAGGACGACGACGUUCUGGGCGAACGGCUGGCGAAUGCGACGUCGGACGAAAUAGCGACAGAGGCGGAAUCGGAAGGAAGGAGGAAGAGAUCGUCGAGGAAACCACGACACAGAAGAGGCAAAGAGUUCCUGGAAUGCACGAAAGGAGCUCCAACCCUCGAGGAAUGCACGAAGAACAUUGUCGAAGGUCCGAGCCUCGGUGCACGGUUAUCGUGCCUCGAUCUGCAAGACGUCACGAAAUGCAUCUGCGCCGAGAUAUCCGGAAACGUUCGCGUCGAUAUCGGCUCGGAGGCAGAGGCUGCGAGCGAAUCGCGAUCUUCCAGCCCGGAAAUGGCUCACACCAUACGGAUCGCGAUGAGGCAGCAGGAUCGCGCGAGCGACGACUGGAUCGACAACGACGACGGCGAGGAAACGGAAGGAAACGGAAGAUCGAGGCCGGAAACGAGCCGGAGAAACGCUGCUCGGUCGAGGAAGGAGAUCGCCAAGGAGGAGGACGCGUCGUGCAACGACGGUGUGAACGACGCCUUAGAUUUCACGUUGAAUUGCAGCAGCGUGCGGCUGACGUGCCGUGACACGAGCCUCAGGACGGGGACACCCCGUUGAAAAGCAACAGAGACCGGAAACGCGGAAUUAAUCUGCGCGCGGGGUUUUGUCCGCGAAACGUUCGAAUUUCUGCCUGCACGGACAAUGGUGGGUCGUUAAUUGUUCUUCCCGAUUCGGGAGAAAAAUGUGUUCUGUUUCAAGAGAGGUCGUGUAAUGAAACAACGUUGGGAAAAACUUGUCGCUCCGCUGGCAAGUUAAUUGAGAAAAAUCCGAUGUAACGGCGUUUCCCAACCGCGGCGUUGUUGUUCCCCAGUGGAGAAACUUUAUUUUUAUGGCGGCGCGGUCCUGAUUGAGUACAGGCACGUGUAAUCAAAAGAGUGACACUUGAAUUGAUAUUUUUUAAACUUGCACGCGAUGUACG